CGUGUUAUGACAUUUGUGUCAUGGCUGUGGUGGUUAGCCAACCUGCUUUGCCUCAUGGCUAUGCCACAUCACAGCCAUGAUAAAACAAAUGUGAAGCACAUGACCUCAUGUAUUGUUUAGAGUUUUUUACAAUCGCUUACACACUAAAAGUGGUACUUGAGGCAUACUCAGUGAAACCAUUAACUCAUGUACCUAAUCUUCAGACCAAGUCUGCAAAACUGCAAACACAUUAUCAGCUUUACAGUCAGUUUGUAAUUGUAAAACACACUUUUUGCAAAACACUAAACACAGUUCUCUACAUUAGACACAUCAUUCAAAACGAACAGGUCUUGUGUUUUGUUUGGAAAACACUGCCAUCCAAAAUGCCACAAUCUUUUACCGAUUUCCUACUCCCAGUGCUCACGUGUGAAAACACUUAGUGCUAAUUUCUUCACUUAGAAUCAGAGCUUGAGUACUGUAAAUAGGCUUCAGGUUGGCUUUCUUGGUUUGGACAACAAUGGAGGCCAAUUUUGGAGAGAGAGAGGAGUGAGCAUAAGAGGGGGACGAGGACAAUGAGGAGGCAUGCCAGGGCUGGAUACGCCACUCCAUAAACUACUUCCCCAGCUGUUUAGCCAGAGAGAACACCGCUUGUGACGUUGAUGAGGUGCUGUAUCCAGGCCCAAAUAGGAGACAGGAUGCACCCUAAUAGUUUUUUACUUUAUAGUAACAAGCCUAUUUGUUUUUAUAUUCUACUGUAUUUGUUUAGUCUGUUACUGUUCAGCCCGAAAUCUGGAUGUAAAUACAAUGUUUUUCAUUCUCAAUACAUUUCCCCCCCUUGUACUUCUGUUUUAUAGUGUAAAUAUAUUACUGAAUAUUCAUACAUACUGUAUAUAUUUGUGCAUAUACAUGUACGUGUGAGUGCUAUGACAAACUGCCGUGGACUCCAAUGAACAUGCAAAAGACAAGAUAGUAGUGUUUUACAUUUGUCACAUCCGUGUGUUGGCAUGUAUAAGAGCUAGUCAUUUGAUGGUUUGUGUGUAGAUGUUUGAUGCAGAAACACAAUUUUGAGAAGAGUUAAAAUAGUUUUGAAUUACGUGUUUGGUUUUGCAAGAGAUGUGUGAUGUGUUGCAUAUGUGUGUUUUGGGGUUUUGUGUGUAGUCUUGUGAAAAGGAACCAUAGUUUCAGAAAUUAUGUGUAAGUAAUUGUCAAAAACUGUAAUGCUAUGCGUCUUGCAUUAGAACACAAUAGUAAUUACUACUUAUGUAGGCCUUAUGUAGGUAAUGACAGCCCAGCCUUCGACCAAGUUUGUUCCCAACUAAUCUGAUAACUUUAUAAUUUAAACAGCUGUAGCCCAUUUUAAACCGAUACUGUUUUAAUUUUUAGAAUCGCAGGCCUUCUUGUUUAGAUUUAAGAGAAUGCAGGCUAUAUAGGCAAUGUAUUUUUCUCAGGCAUGUGAGACUUUUGCACACUGCACAAAUUGCUAAUUUCUUGACCCAUUGGUUUUUGCAAACGUACACAAAGUUCCGAUCGCCAAACAAAAGAAAACACAACCAUCCAAUUGUGUCGUGUGCUUCACAAUAGGGACCGCCUUCUGUGUACUCGCAGCCUUCCCAAUUUUUGAAGUAGUACAAUGUGUAUGCUGCCUGGACAGAAGCAUCAGUGUGUUGGCUGCGAUAGAGGAGCGGGAGGGAUAUUGAUAUUGUGGACAUUUUAUUGUUUCUUUGCUUUUUUUUGUUGUUGAUCACAGCGCACGUAAUAUGAAGAAUAUGACACUUCGAAGGCUUAAAAAAGUUAACUCCUGUGAUCCAGCUAGUGGACUUUCGAGCCAGGACGAUAUUUACUUUCCGUCCUCCAAGUCAGACAGUUGUAAAACUAUGGAUUUACCAACUAAUUCCUCGGAGGUGUAUAAUUACAAGACUUUGGCUUACUCUGGUGGAACGUUGCCAAGGAACUACAGAAAGAGUGGUGGGCUGCAGAAGUGGAAGCCUCUCACACAAACACCAGAGCCACAGAGGAAAGUUGUUGUCCUGGUGAAGAAGGUGGAGGAGACCUUUGGCUUUGAGAUCCAGACAUAUGGGCUGCACCACCAGGACCAGAACUCUGUGGAGAUGUGCACAUUUGUGUGCAAGGUUCAUGACGACAGCCCCGCUCAACAAGCCGGACUCAAAGUCGGGGACACCAUCACUAGCGUGAACGAGACCACUGUGGAUGGAUUUCAACACAAGGAGAUUGUUCAGCUAAUCAGGGCCUCUGGGAACUCCAUUAAACUGGAAACAGUGUACAGCGACUCCAUUCGAAAAGCAGAACUGGAGGCAAGGCUUCAGUAUCUAAAGCAAACCCUACAUGAGAAAUGGGAUGAAUACAGAUCUUUGAUGAUGCAAGAGCAGAGGCUGGUUCAUGGCAUAGUGAUGAGUGAUGCUGCUAUCUAUGAGUCCCUGGAGUCUGCGGGGGUGUAUGGUAGUCUGGGCGCACCGAGCCCGGCCGCCCUGCGUGCCCUCCGCUGCACCGGCAGCACCAGCAGCAGCGCCAGCCACCUGAGUGUCACCACAGAGGAGGAACCACUCUACCAGACCUGUCUGUACCAGGGGCAGGGUGACCGCCUCAACGACGCCAACAGUGACCUCACCAGAACCACCAGCAGCACAGAGAAAGACCAGCAGGAACAGGAGAAGCCAUCCCAGGGUAAGCAGAGAAUGAUCCGUCCCGCCAGCGAGCUCUUCACCUCGGCCAAGACCCACCUGACCCGCAGCGCCAGUACACGCAGCUACCUGAGGGGCUCCAACAACAACUCUUCGUCAGCACCAGGGGAGAAAGUGCAAUCGGGAGGGUUCAGCUCGCUACAGAGGAAACCCAAACAGAAGAGCUUCCGCCGACGGCUCCUCAAGUUCAUCCCUGGACUGAACAGAGCCAUGGAGGAGGAGGAGAGCCAUCUCUGAGGACUAAACAGACUGAACAGAACCAUGGAGGAGGAGGAGAGCCAUCUCUGAGGACUAAACAGACUGAACAGAGCCAUGGAGGAGGAGGAGAGCCAUCUCUGAGGACUAAACAGACUGAACAGAGCCAUGGAGGAGGAGGAGAGCCAUCUCUGAGGACUAAACAGACUGAACAGAGCCAUGGAGGAGGAGGAGAGCCAUCUCUGAGGACUAAACAGACUGAACAGAGCCAUGGAGGAGGAGGAGAGCCAUCUCUGAGGACAAAACAGACUGAACAGAGCCAUGGAGGAGGAGGAGAGCCAUCUCUGAGGACUAAACAGACUGAACAGAGCCAUGGAGGAGGAGGAGAGCCAUCUCUGAGGACUAAACAGACUGAACAGAGCCAUGGAGGAGGAGGAGAGCCAUCUCUGAGGACUAAACAGACUGAACAGAGCCAUGGAGGAGGAGGAGAGCCAUCUCUGAGGACUGAACAGAGCCAUGGAGGAGGAGGAGAGCCAUCUCUGAGGACUGAACAGAGCCAUGGAGGAGGAGGAGAGCCAUCUCUGAGGACUAAACAGACUGAACAGAGCCAUGGAGGAGGAGGAGAGCCAUCUCUGAGGACUAAACAGACUGAACAGGGCCAUGGAGGAGGAGGAGAGCCAUCUCUGAGGACUAAAUGGACUAAACACCGACAGAACUGGAGACUCUUUCUGACCCAAAGACUUAACAUUGCCUCUGAUUCUCUAAAAUUAACUAACAACAACCAAAGAUUUCAAAUAGUGCCAAAUCUAUCCAGUCAUACUUUUGUACUUGUUAAUGUGACAUUUGGUCCAGUAGAACUAAUGGUUCUUUGAGUUUUGAAGCACACUCAAUUUUCAGGAGAGGAUUUCACAUCUGUACAUACUGUACCUUGGUUACUGGUUUUAUAUUUCAUAAGUUAUUUAUUUAUUUGACUGGUAAGACCUAUGUACAGAAUUAUUAUUUUUAUUUUUUAUUUUUUUUGUCAUCAUGACAGUUGAAAACAAAUGCCUCAUUACAUGAGACUUUUUAUAAGAGACACAUUUGUUUACUGCCUUUUUGUACCAGAUUGAUCCUGUGUUCUUUGCCAAAAAUAUCUCAAAAUAAAUGUGCCAUUUUGAUUA